AUGGACAGCGAACAGUACGGGACAAUCUGUGCCCAGCAGCUAGCAGACACCCUCCCCGUCGGCGUCGCCGUCGUGAACCCCUCCGACGAGAUCGUCUUCAAGAACCGGCGCUUCCAGGAACUCACCGCAAAUCAUUUGACCGUUGGAACCGAGUGUCUGGCGCAGUCCGUCCACCCCGAUGAUUAUGAACAGCUAGCCGAUGCCUACCGCGCCUCGCUUCGAUUAGGGACGGCAGUUCGAAGGGAAUACCGCACCAAGGAUCACACGGAGGUAUGGCGCGCGGUUUCGAUGACACCGCUGAAGGAGAAGGAUUUGGAUCAGUUCGGUCUGAGGGAUAAUCGCGGGUUAAUAUGCAUGAUCAGCGAUAUUACGCCGGAGAAAACCGCAGAGUUGCUGCAACGGAAGAUAGCGGACGAUGCGCAGGAACGGAAGCAGCAGCAGGAGCGGUUUAUCGAUAUGAUCAGCCACGAGGUUCGAAAUCCGCUUUCUGCGAUUCUGCAUUGCGCCGAGGAUAUUAUGGAUGUGAUUGCCGAGGAUGCACCAGAGGAUGCAAGGGAACAGAUGGCAAGGAUAUCCGAGGCCGCCCAGACGAUCAAUCUUUGUGUCGCACAUCAAAAGAAGAUCAUUGACGAUGUGCUGAUUUACUCCAAGUUGGAUGCCUCUAUGCUGACGUUGUCGCCGCAAGUAGUGCAGCCGAAGUCUCAUCUGGCUACCUUGCUCACUAUGUUCAAGCCGGAACUUCGCAAGCAAGAAAUCGAAUUCCAUUAUCAACUUGACAAGUCCUAUGCCGAUCAGGAGCUUGAUUGGGUGAUGGCUGAUCUUGAUAAAAUGGGCCAGGUCCUCAUCAACCUCGUCUCCAACGCGAUCAAAUUCACAGCCCAGGCUGAAGGCCAGAGAAUGAUUCGAGUCUCAAUGGGGGCUGCAAAACAGCGACCUCCAUCUUAUCCACCAAACGUUGUCUUCUUUGAACCGAAUAAAGCAGCGCUGAAACUUGAUUCCACGCAGGAUCCCGAAUGGGGAAAUGGCGAGACGGCGUAUAUCAUGGUAGCCGUCAAGGACACUGGAAUCGGGAUCAGCGACCAGCACCAGAAGCUGUUGUUCGAGCGCUUCAAGCAAGCGACUCCGCGGACCGAUCGAAUUUAUGGUGGCUACGGCCUCGGACUCAACAUUAGCAGAAGACUUUGUCACAUGCACGGAGGCGAGAUUGGAGUUAGCUCCAAAGAGGGCGAUGGGAGUACCUUUGGCUUCUUCUUCUCUGUUCGACGAUCCACUGAAACACCUCCUGAACCCCAAACCGCGGACAAUAGGGAUGUGUCUCCAGUUGACGAACUAUGUUAUCAGAUCAAGGACCUCGAUAGUAAAAUCCCGGACGUCAAGAGGGACACGUCGAUGGCAGAAUUCGACGAGGAACCACCGGUGAAGACCGUCAGAGAGGUCAGCGCCAACACCGUCAGUGACAAUCGCAAGAAACACUCGGCUAAAUUGGCAAGAGAAGUGCACGAGGGCCAGGGACCGCAAAGAGAGAAAGAAAGGCACGCCUCCAACGUUGAUGAAUCCUCGCCAAAGCAUGAGCCGGCUGCAAUCGCGACCAUGUCGAAGCUCGUUAAAGGUCCUCGCGUUCUUUUCGUGGAGGAUAACGUUAUCAAUCAGAAGGUUGUCUCCCGGAAGCUGAAGAUAUCCGGGUUUGAGGUGACCACAGCGAACAACGGCCAGGAAGCCCUUGAAAUCUGGGAAGACGACAAGUUUGAUUGUAUUCUGAUGGAUCAGGAGAUGCCGGUGAUGGACGGGAACACGGCGACGAAGGAGAUUCGCGAGCUGGAGAAGGAGAGUGGGUCGCACAUUCCUAUUCUAGGAGUGACUGCGAAUGUUCGACAGGAUCAGCAAGCCGAUAUGCUGGACGCCGGGAUGGAUGGAAUUAUCCACAAGCCUUACAAGAUGCAGGAGCUGUGCGAAAAGAUCCAUCAGAUGGUGCCUCAGGCGCCCAGUGGGUCUUGA